AUGGCACCACACGAAGGAUUGGUACAUAUGAAAGAGUACGACUGGAGAGAUAGCAACGUUGAGAAUAUCGGAACAGAACUUGACCAUAAAGUCAAGUACAACUCAGCAGCCACUGAGCCUGCAUGGCAAGAAGUCGGAAAUGCCCCCGGCCUUUACAUCUGGCGAAUUGAGGAUUUUGAAGUGGUUCCAUGGCCGAGAGAACAGUAUGGCGACUUUCAUGAGGGAGACAGCUACAUCGUUUUACACUCGUACAAGGUGGGAAGCAAGGAUGGACAGGAAAAGUUAGCCCACGAUAUCUUCUUCUGGCUCGGAAGUAAGACAACGCAAGAUGAGGCGGGCACUGCUGCCUAUAAGACAGUCGAACUCGAUGAGUUUCUACAUGGUGUAGCCAUACAACACCGUGAGCUCCAAAAAGAGCCUUCCGAUGACUUUGUGGCCCUAUUCUCUCGCAUCCGGAUCUUGUCCGGCGGUGUCCGCUCUGGUUUCACACACGUUGAGACCGAUGAGGAAUCGAAGGAGACGCUUACGUUGCUCAGAAUAUUCAAGCACCCAACUGCCAAGCGCGCUGACUCGGUCCUGAUCUACGAAGUUGAGCCUACCUGGCAGAGUCUUGACGAAAACGACGUCUUCGUGUUGGAGCGCAACAACAAAAUCUGGGUCUGGCAGGGUAAGAACUGUAGCCCAAUGGAGAAGGCCAAGGCCGCCCAAGUCGUUCACGAUAUGACUAUCGCGAAACACAUUGACGUCGAAGUGAUAGCGCAAGCGGAGUCAAGAUCGCGAACUAUCGUUACCAUGUUAGGCGGAGAAGAUGUCGAAGGACCAUUUCAGUCACCACGGCCUAUUAUCUCGUCUAAGAGUCAAGAGGCUGCCAAUCAUCGCCCUCGCAAGCUGUUCCGUCUGUCAGAUGCUUCCGGCGAGUUGAGAUUCAACGCAGUAAGAGAUUCUGCAAUAAAUAGCUCUGAUCUAGAUAGCGAUGAUGUCUUCCUCUUGGACACCGGGUCUACUAUUUGGGUCUGGCAGGGUUCGGGAGCAAGCAGGACAGAGAAGGCCAUGUGGAUCAAAGUAGCCGAAUCAUACAUUCGACGGCUUGGAGAGGAAUCUGGUGAUAGCAAAGCGUAUCUAACGCCGAUUUCUAAAGUAGUAGAAGGAAGCGAAAGUCCGGCGUUUAUCGAGGCGAUUAACGCAUAA